AUGGCUAGGGUAGUUUUCGUUCCUUUUCUCUGUCUCCCUCUCUCUCGCUCUUUCUACCACUCUAUGUCUCUAUUUCUAUCUCUCUUCCACUCUUUCUCUUUCUCCCACCCUCUAUCUCAUUUUCCCACCCUCUACCUCUUUCAUUCUUCCAUUCUCUCUUUUUCUCCCACUCUCUAUCUCUUUCUCUUUCCCACUCUCUCUUCCUGCUACUUUCUAUCUCUUUCCCUUUCCCACUGUCUCUUCCUGCUACCUUCUAUCUCUUUCUCUCUCUCUUUCUCCUACUCUCUAUCUCUUUCCCUUACAUUCCCUCUCUCUCUCUUUCUCCCACUCUCUAUCUCUUUCGCUCUCCCACUCUCUCUUCCUGACACUUUCUAUCUCUUUUUCUCUCUCUUUUCCACCCUCUCUCUUCCUGCCACUUUCUAUCUCUUUUUCUCUCUCUUUUCUCCCACUCUCUGUCUCUUUCUGUCUUACACUCCCUCUCUCUCUUUUCACCUACACUGUUUCUCUUUCUCUCUUACACUCUCUCUCUCUCUCUUUUUCCUACUCUCUAUCUUUCACUCAAUUUUUUCUACCACUCUUUCUCCGACUGUCUGUCUGUCUCUCUCUCUUUAA